AUGUAUGCACUGAACUCUGUAACGAGAAAUUUGUUUAUUAGUGUUCCUCCAGAUUUCGGACCGAUUUGCGAUAAUGAAAACCAGUACAUCUACGGUUCCUCAUACGGCAGUGGUAGUACCUUUGGCGUCGUAGCAACUGAAAAGUUAACCAUUAUAAACCGCCGCCAUGGUACAUUUGUCAAAUACCCUUACAUUUUUGGAUGUGGCCUAAACAAUUCAGUCGACAUUGAAAUAGGUGGAGCAACUGGCUUAAUUGGUCUUGAUCGAAAUCCAGCAUCCUUUAUAUCACAAACUUCCAAAAAGUACUUUUCUUACUGCUAUCCCUCAUCUUAUAGCUUCCCUGGAUACACAACCUUCGGCAAGACUGAUGAUGAUAAAAAUUACAAAUUCGUCAAGUUCACUCCAGUACCCACUUCUCCAACAGGGUCAUUGUUCUACGACAUCAUCGUUACCGGAAUGGCCAUCGCUGGAGAACAUCUACCCGUAGCCAGAUCAGAGUAUAGUAAAUCAGGAGGGAUAAUUGACUCAGGAUCGACCAUCACAUCACUGCCAUCAUCUUUGUAUGCGCCCCUGAGAUCAGCUUUCCGUAAGAAAAUGUCAAAUUAUAAGAUGUUAAAACCAGGGAGCAAUGCUGACUUUGAUACUUGUUAUGAUUUUAGCAAGUAUGAUGAAGUUGUAAUACCAAAGAUUUCUAUCUUCUUCAAAGGCGGGGUUGAAUUGGAGCUGGAUGUGAAGGGAAUUUUGUUUGUUUAUGGAAAGGAUUUAAGGCAAGCGUGUUUAGCUUUUCAAGCAGGCUCUGGAGAACCUUCUUUGGUCCUGGGAAAUUUUCAGCUAAUGGGAAUAGAGUUGCACCAUGAUUUGGUCGGUCAGAGGGUUGGGUUUGGUCCUGGUGGUUGCAGCUAA